AAUUGUUGGCCAGUCGCUGGUUGACUGCACGCUUUAUCGGAAGUGGGUUCGUGCGGGAGGCUGGAUCAUCCUUUUUUUCUGUUUCGAAGAAUCACUGGUGCUUUGCCUCUUCUUGAAAGUUGGUUUCGAAUUUAUUGUUGGUUGGAUACACCAACACCCCCAAGUGUGUAAGGCUAGUUGGAACUAGGUUAUGCCGUAGGAUUUGGCGGCUAACCUCGCUUCAUCGUCGUCAUGGCCGACAAGGAGAGCGGUUCCGAGCAGGAUGAUGUUUCCUUCCUGAGAACGGAAGAUAAUGUGUGCCUGUCGUGCACUGCAACCGGCGAGAGGGUCUGUCUCGCCGCCGAAGGAUUUGGAAAUCGGCAUUGCUUUCUGGAAAACAUCGCCGAUAAGAAUGCCCCACCGGAUUUAUCACAAUGCGUCUUCGUCAUCGAACAGGCUCUUUCCGUUCGGGCUUUACAAGAACUUGUCACAGCAGCUUCGUCCGAAUCGGGCGGAGGAUCCAUUGGAACAGGCACAGGCUCUGGCCACAGGACUUUACUUUAUGGCAAUGCAGUCUUGUUGAGGCAUCUCAACAGUAACAUGUAUUUGGCCUGUCUUUCUACCAGCUCUUCGAAUGACAAAUUAGCUUUUGAUGUUGGUUUGCAAGAGCAAUCACAAGGCGAGGCUUGUUGGUGGACACUUCACCCAGCUUCAAAACAGCGUUCGGAAGGUGAAAAGGUUCGAGUCGGUGACGAUUUGAUUCUAGUUUCAGUCGCUACUGAGCGUUACCUGCACACCACGAAAGAAAAAGAUGUAUCGAUUGUCAACGCUUCUUUCCAUGUUACCCACUGGUCGGUGGCUCCUUUUGGAACGGGAUUAAGUCGCGUCAAAAACGUUGGAUUUCUGUUCGGUGGCGAAGUUUUACGCUUUUUCCAUGGAGGCGACGAGUGUCUUACGAUUCCGUCGUCAUGGUCAGAGCAACCUGGACAAAAUAUCGUGGUCUACGAAGGAGGUGAUGUUGUUUUACAAGCUCGCUCUUUGUGGCGGUUGGAAUUGGCCCGUACCAAAUGGGCUGGUGGAUUUAUCAAUUGGCUUCAUCCCAUGCGCAUCCGACAUAUCACCACUGGCCGCUACCUUUGCUACAAUGAAAAUAAAGAUCUCUGUCUCCUUCCUAGGAAUGAGGCCAACUUGGCGGUCAGCGCAUUCUACUUGCGCAAAGAAAAGGAUGACGAGAAGAAAAUAUUAGAAGACAAAGAUUUAGAAGUUUUGGGCUCUCCUAUUAUCAAAUACGGUGACAGCACCGUUAUUGUUCAACACGUUGAAACUGGUCUCUGGCUUUCAUACAAGGCCUUCGAGACAAAGAAGAAAGGUGUCGGAAAGGUAGAGGAGAAACAAGCCGUUUUGCAUGAGGAAGGAAAAAUGGACGACGGACUUGAGUUCAGUCGAAGCCAAGAGGAGGAGUCUCGUACAGCUCGUGUUAUCAGGAAAUGCAGUUCCCUUUUCAACAGAUUUAUCACAGGAUUGGAUUCUCUAGCAAACGAUCAUCAACACAUGACGUUUUUUGAAAAUGUUAAUCUGUCCGAAAUGGUAAAAUGUCUUGAAGAUUUGAUCGACUAUUUCGCUCAACCAGAAGAGAAUAUAGAGCACGAAGAAAAGCAAUUAAAGUUGCGAGCCCUACGCAACCGUCAAGAUUUAUUUCAAGAAGAAGGCAUCCUCAAUCUUAUUUUGGAUGCAAUUGAUAAACUUACAACAAUUACUGGCCAAGGGUAUAUGGCAGCACUAGCUGGAGAAGCUGCCGGCCAGAACUUGGAAACCAUUUCGGCCUAUCUCUAUCAGCUACUAGCCGCCAUUAUUAGAGGAAACCACACGAAUUGCGCUCAAUUCGCCCAAUCACAUCGAUUGAACUGGCUAUUUAGCCGACUCGGCUCCCAAGCUUCCGGAGAAGGUACAGGCAUGUUGGACGUACUCCACUGCAUUCUUAUUGACUCCCCAGAAGCCUUGAACAUGAUGAGGGAAGAGCACAUCAAAGUAAUUAUAUCUCUUCUUGAGAAACACGGAAGAGAUCCCAAAGUCUUGGAUGUUUUGUGCUCCUUGUGUGUCGGUAACGGAGUUGCUGUCCGCAGCUCGCAAAACAAUAUCGCCGAUUAUCUUUUGCCCGGCAGAAACCUGUUACUUCAGACACAGUUGGUUGAUCAUGUGUCUAGCAUCCGACCCAACAUUUAUGUUGGCAAAGUCGCCAAUUCAGCGGUUUUUCUCAAGUGGUACUUUGAGCUCACUGUGGAUCAUGUCGAGGUAACGACACAUCUCAUGCCCCACUUGCGCGUUGGAUGGGCCAAAUUACCUGGUUACGUGGCUUAUCCCGGAGGAGGAGAAAAAUGGGGCGGUAAUGGCGUAGGUGAUGAUUUGUAUUCUUACGGUUUUGACGGAGCCCAGUUGUGGACAGGCGGUCGAAGCACCGUUGUUCAUGCCGGAAUGACCGAGCCUUACAUCCGGAAAGGAGAUGUAAUCGGUUGUGCUCUAGAUCUUUCGGUCCCCAUUAUGAAUUUCUAUCUUAACGGAGUCAAAGUCAAGGGAAACUUUAAAAAUAUGAACUUGGACGGUAUGUUUUUCCCAGUGGUCAGCUGUUCUGCACGAGUCAGUUGCCGAUUCUUGUUUGGAGGUGAACAUGGUCGUUUAAGGUUCCCGUCACCGUACGGAUUCUCUCCGCUGUACGAGUGUCUUCUACCGACCCAGACUUUAGCUCUCGAUCCUUGUUUCCACUUUGGGGACUUGACCAAAAGUACAUUGGCAGGCCCUCUUGAAGUGCUGAAUGACACUGCUUUCGUGCCGCAACCUGUGGAUACGUCGAUGAUUGCUCUACCUACUUACAUCGAAACUAUUCGCGAUCGUCUGGCGGAAAAUAUUCACGAAAUAUGGGCCAUGAACAAAAUCGAAGAGGGAUGGGUGUUUGGUGAAAGACGAGAUGAUUUACACAAAAUCCAUCCUUGUUUGACUCCGUUUGAACGAUUGCCGCCAGCUGAGAAACGUUAUGACACUCAACUGGCUUUGCAAACACUCAAGACAAUUCUUGCCUUGGGCUAUCACAUCACUAUGGACAAGCCUCCAUCGCGCAUCAAAACAGUGCGAUUGCCCAAUGAUCCUUUUGCCCAGUCGAACGGGUAUAAACCCGCCCCAUUGGAUUUGGCCAAUAUUACUCUUAGUGGCAAAUUAGAGGAAUUGAUUGAUCAUUUGGCAGAAAACACCCACAACGUCUGGGCCAAAGAACGUAUUACACAAGGAUGGACUUAUGGCCUCAACGAAGAUCCCGACAACAAGCGUAGUCCUCACUUGGUCCCUUAUUCUAAUGUUGACGACAUCAUUAAAAAAGCCAACAGAGAUACUGCCAGCGAAACUGUUCGUACUUUGCUCGUUUACGGUUACGUUUUGGAGCCACCCACAGGGGAGGCACAUGAAACUGCUCUAGUCGGUGGUACGGUGGGCUCAAAAAAUCCAGAAUACCGAACAUAUCGAGCGGAGAAAACAUAUGCCGUGUCCUCUGGAAAAUGGUAUUUCGAGUUUGAAGUUCUUACAUCUGGCCCUAUGCGAGUGGGUUGGGCUAGAGCUGAUGCCAAAGCUGGUUAUCAAUUAGGCCAAGACGACUGCAGCUGGGCUUUCGAUGGAUGGAGGGGCCUUAAAUGGCACCAUGGCUCAGGGGACGUGUGCGGAAGAAAAGUUCAAAUCGGGGACGUGAUCGGUUGCAUGAUCAACUUGCACGAUAGAAUGAUGUGUUUCUCUCUAAAUGGCGAAUUGCUUAUGGAUUCUAUGGGAAGUGAAACCGCAUUUACAGAUAUUCAAGGCGAAGAAUUCAUUCCGGCUUUCACAUUGGGAGUUGGACAAAGAGCAAGACUUGUUUUUGGACAAGAUGUUAAUGCGCUUAAAUAUUUCACCUCUUGCGGUCUUCAAGAAGGAUACGAACCAUUCUGCGUAAAUAUGAGUCGACAAAUGACUUAUUGGUACACACGCGAUCAACCCAUUUUCGAGAAUAAUGACGAUUUCGCGGAUUCUCCCAUAGAAGUGACGCGUAUCCCUGGUGGAUCAGAUUCUCCACCUUGUAUGAAGAUUUCUCACAAGGAAUUUGAAACAAUGGAGAAGGCCAAUUGGGAAUUUCUCCGAUUGUCCUUGCCAGUUACCUUUCACGAUGCCUUCAUAUCUGAACAGGAGAAAGGUCGACGAUGGCAGGAAAUCCGUCUACGACAGAACCGUCUUCGGGCUGAUAACGUGACGCGCAAUGCCACGCUGGAGCAAACUAUGUUGAAAUCAGGAUUCACGAUGUCGGAUAUCAAUGAACUUCAGUAUGGCUUCGACUCUGAAGAACAACGCAGAACCCAGCAAACUGGAUCUAGACCGCCGGUUCCCGAACGAGCUGGUCGUAUGCGCAGCAUCGAUUAUAAUACAAACGGUCUUGAUAUUAAUGGUCAUGUAAGCGAUGCCAGUCCCAGCAAAGGGAUAUUGCGUGCCACCAGUGAACUUCCCAUUGGUAGACAAACUCGUGAAAACGAUCGCAAAGCCCGAACUCCCGACACGAGCGGAGGAGAUCCCAAGGAUAAGAAACGUGGGAAGUCGCCUUUUGCAUUCUUUUCACGCCUUCGGGACGCCAGUACCGAACGUCGCAACAAAGCCAAAACUCCCGAGCCAGGAUUGGCCAACCGCGAUGGAGUACAGAAACCAGAAAGGUCGAAAAAUCUCGCAGCCAAGAACGUCAAUAAUGUUCGGUUGGCUCCGAACGAUCUGAAAGUGAUUCCGCCUGCAAUUCCUGAUCGGCGACCAUCGAGACAAGGAUCAAGCCCCAUGAUACAGCCAAGAGGAAUAAUGGGAGGCGAAGAUUUCGAUCCUUUGGAUGUUGAAUGCAUGCGGCUCAUCAAUGAAUAUUUCUAUGGUGUUCGAAUUUUCCCGGGUCAGGACCCCAGUCACGUUUACGUCGGUUGGGUCACGACGCAAUUCCACUUGCAAGAUAAGACUUUCGAUCAGUCCAAGGAUAGAAAGGUUCUUAUUUCCAGAGUGGACGAACAAGAGCGUAUUAUAGAAAGUGUGGACCGUCACAGCUGCUACAUGUUGCGAGCCGACGAGCUCUAUAACGAAGUAACACAAGACGUAGCCAGCAAAGGAGCGUCUCAAGGAAUGUUUAUUGGCUGCUUCAUUGACACGGCUACGGGAUGGAUUAGUUUCACCUGUGAAGGAAAAGAAACGAAACACCGUUACAAGAUGGAAGUGGGAACAAAACUCUUCCCUGCCAUUUUUGUUGAGGCCACCAGUAAGGAAGUGUUACAAUUUGAAUUAGGCCGCACUCCCACCACAUUACCUCUUUCAGCUGCGGUUCUACAGAAUUCUGAGAAACACGUUGUGCCUCAGUUCCCACCUCGACUGAAAGUUCAAAUUUUGAAACCACAUCAGUGGUCACGCGUCCCUAAUCAAUCUCUUAAGGCACAUGCCCUGAAGCUCUCUGAUCUUCGUGGCUGGAGUAUGUUGUGUGAAGAUCCUGUUUCUAUGCUGGCCGUCCACAUACCGGAAGAAGACAGAUGCAUAGAUGUUCUUGAGCUAAUUGAACACGAGCGACUUUUGAGUUUCCACGCGCACACUUUACAGCUCUAUUCAGCUUUGUGCUUUCAGUCUAAUUUCAGAGCAGCACACACUCUUUGCUCAUACGUGGAUCAAAAGCAAUUGCUGUACGCCAUACAGUCCGAGUAUCUUUCAGGGCCAUUGCGAGCCGGCUUCUCUGAUUUACUGAUUGCUCUACACAUUGAAUCACAUGCCAAGACCAUGGAAGUGACUCAAAAUGAGUACAUCAUUCCGAUGAGUAACGAGCUUAAGGAUUUGUACUCGGAUCCUGAUAUGACACACAGCUUGAGUUCACUGCGUGUUGAAUCCAUCAGGCCUCAAAUGACUACAACUGAUAUUCAAGAGCACAUUGAAACUAUCAAGGAAUUGAGCACACCCUUUUUCCCCUUGGAGACAGUAAAAGUAUUUGCUAUCCAUGCUUUAGAACUCGCCGUUAAACUGAAUCAAGUUCAUAACCGCGAUCCAAUUGGCGGAAGUAACGAAAUGCUAUUCGUUCCCCUUCUCAAACUUAUUGAUAAACUGUUGCUCGUUGGAAUUAUGGAGGACGACGAUAUUCCGCCUUUGCUGAGUCUGAUUGAUCCUGAAACUUGGGAUCCGACUUACGAUCCCAUGGGGAAAGAUGAGCACCGAAAAGGACUUCUUCAGAUGCCCUUAGCAGAGGGUGUCAAACUGCAAAUGUGCUGUUUACUGCAUCAUUUAUUGGACAACCAGCUUCGCCAUCGCGUGGAAUCGAUUGUCAAUUUCAGUCACGAUUUUGUCGGCGAGAUCCAAGCGGAUCAAUUGCGUCGUUAUAUCGAGAUCAAACAGUCUGAUCUUCCCUCAGCUAUAGCUGCCAAGAAGACGCGCGAGUUCCGUUGCCCGCCAGUCCAACAAAUGAAUGCCAUCUUGGGAUUCAAAAAUUUGCCGGAAGAAGAAAGAGAAAACUGUCCAUGUAAUGAGGAACUAGCGCAGAUCCAGACGACUUUCCACGAAUCUUUCACGUCCAAGCUCCUUCACAAAAUGGCAGAGGAAGAGCUAGUCGAAGAGGAACCAGUGAAAGAGGAAACUAAACCCGGACUCAUGAAUCGCAUGAUGAAUGUUGUCACGCUAGCAAAGAAACACGAAGAAGAACAAGUAGCCGAAGAAAAUGUAAAAUCCCGUGAACAAAUAUUUCGCAAAGUGCUCAUUAGAACUAUUAUUUCCUGGGCAGAAGAGUCGGUAAUCGAAAGCUACAAAUUGGUGCGUGAAAUGUUUCGAUUGUUACUGCGUCAGUAUGAUGGCGUAGGAGAGGCCAUGCGAGCUUUGCAGAAAACAUACGUCAUUAACAGUCGCACCACAAAGGACGUGCAGGAACUCUGGAUUGGUUUGAGUCGUAUCCGCGGCCUAUUGCCUGUUCAAAUGUCGCAAGAAGAAGAGGAAUUAAUGCGAGAGCUCUUAUGGAAGAUGGUCAAUAACCAUUCCUUCUUCCAGCAUCCUGAUCUUAUGCGCAAUCUUCGUGUCCAUGAGAACGUCAUGGCUAUCAUGAUGAAUACUUUAGGGCGGCGAGCUCAAGCUCAGUCGGACGCACAAACACAGGCUCAAGUUCAAGCUUCAGGAGGAGAAGCUGAGCUGGUUCCAAAAGAGAAGGAUACUUCACAUGAAAUGGUUGUAGCCUGCUGCCGUUUCCUUUGUUAUUUCUGCCGAACUUCCCGUGCAAACCAGAAAACCAUGUUUGAGCACUUGUCUUUCCUUUUGGAAAAUUCUAAUAUUCUCUUAUCAAGACCUUCACUGAGAGGUAGUACUCCACUGGAUGUUGCGUAUUCUUCAGUAAUGGACAACACUGAAUUGGCAUUGGCUUUAAGAGAACACUACCUUGAAAAGAUUGCCAUCUACUUGUCCCGUUGCGGUUUGCAAUCCAAUACCGAGUUGAUGGAGCGAGGCUAUCCCGAUUUGGGCUGGGAUCCUGUUGAAGGUGAACGGUACUUGGACUUUCUCCGUUUCUGCGUUUGGGUCAAUGGCGAAAGUGUAGAAGAAAAUGCAAAUUUGGUCAUCCGGCUAUUGAUUCGCCGUCCUGAAUGUCUCGGCCCUGCUUUACGUGGUGAAGGAGAUGGUCUUCUAACAGCCAUUACCGACGCCAAUAAAAUGUCGGAACGUAUCCAAGUGCAGAAAGCCCUUCAUUCAGGAACUGGAGCCAUAACAAUUCCUGGACUAAAUCACCCGAUGCCACAAGGUGAUGAUGACGAAGAUUUCAUCGACAUUGGAGCUGCUAUUCUCAGCUUCUAUUGCACCCUUGUCGAUUUGCUCGGACGAUGUGCGCCGGCCGAGGCCGUCAUCGCCCAAGGAAAGAAUGAGUCUCUUCGUGCUCGUGCAAUUUUGCGAUCCCUGGUACCCUUGGAAGAUCUUGAGGGUGUGCUUAGUUUGCGCUUUACUCUACAAAACCAUGGAUCUGAAGAUGGUGGAUCUGAUUUGCCAUCGGGACUUAUUCCUGGUCACAAACAGAGCGUUGUUAUCUUCUUGGAACGCGUUUAUGGCAUCGAAGAUAUCGAAUUAUUCUUCCGUCUUUUGGAAGAAGCAUUCUUACCGGAUUUGCGAGCUGCUACUAUUCUUGAGAAAACGGAUGGUGGCGAGUCAGACAUGGCUCUUGCUCUUAAUCGUUACAUCGGGAACUCCAUCUUACCUUUGUUGAUCACCCAUUCUCGUUUUUAUGCCGAAGCUGAAAAUCACGCAAGCGUUUUGGACGCGACGCUCCAUACAGUCUAUCGUCUUUCUAAAAACAAGAUGUUGACUAAAGGACAACGUGAAGCUGUUUCUGACUUUUUAGUUGCGCUUACCAGAGAGUUGCAACCAAACAUGCUGCUCAAGCUCUUGAGAAAGCUAACGGUAGACGUUUCUCGUCUUUCCGAAUACACUACAGUGGCUCUCAGGCUUUUGACCCUUCACUACGAACGUUGCGGCAAAUAUUAUGGCGCUGUUGGUGGUCAAGGCAGUUACGGUUCUGCUAGCGACGAAGAAAAGCGGCUUACCAUGAUGCUCUUCUCCAACAUCUUUGAUUCCCUUUCCAAGAUGGAGUACGACCCAGAAUUGUUUGGAAAGGCCCUACCUUGCCUAACGGCUAUCGGGUGCGCUCUUCCUCCAGAUUACGCGCUGGCCACAACAAUGGAAGAUGAAUGGUAUAAAUCAGCUCCUCCAGAUUCCAAUGGCCCAUAUGAUCCUCAGCCAAUCAACACCAUGAAGGUUUCCUUGAACACCGAGCUUACUAAUCUAGUGCAAAAGUUUUCUGAGCACUAUCACGAUGCUUGGGCUAAGCGAAAGAUUGAAAACGGUUGGAAUUUUGGUGACGUCUGGUCAGAUGAGACAAAAUCCCACCCGCGAUUAAAGCCACCUCAUAUGUUGUCGGAUUACGAACGAGAGCGAUAUCGGGAACCUAUCAGAGAUUCCUUGAAGGCUCUGGUGGCAUUAGGCUGGAGUAUUGAGUUUGCAGAUUAUGAUGCCGCCAAUAGCAAUAGAAAUAGCAUGAGACGCUCCAGCACGGUAACUUUUGUUUCUUUGUCGGAGAAGGUUUUUUUUGCCAUAAUUUUACUUGACAAAUCCAUUUGUGUUCAGGACGGUGGCACUACACCAUAUAAUUACAAUCCCAACCCAGUGGAUAUGGCCAAUCUUACUUUGAGCAGGGAAAUGCAAAAUAUGGCCGAACGCUUGGCUGAAAAUUCGCACGAUAUUUGGGCGAAAAAGAAGAAAGAAGAAAUGGCCUCUUCUGGUGGAGGUUUGCACCCUCAGAUGGUACCAUACGACCUGCUGACUGACAAAGAAAAGCGGAAAGAUCGUGAGCGAACUCAAGAGUUGCUGAAAUAUCUCCAAUUUAUGGGCUACAAAUUGCACAGAAUGGGAAAAUCACAAGUACAGCAAAAUCCGGACGCAGUGGCCCUUGAAGGAGAAAAUGCAUCAUCUAGCGAUCGUCGAUUUGCUUACAGCUUGUUGGAGAAGCUGAUCCAGUAUUUAGAUAUUGCUGCCUUCAACAUGAAACAUUUGCGACCCAGCACCAACUAUAGCCGCAGAAGCAGCUUCAAAACUUCAACUCGAGACGUCAAAUUUUUCUCAAAGGUUGUGCUUCCUUUAAUGGAGAAAUACUUUAGUACCCACCGCCAUUAUUUCAUAAGUGUCGCAACUGCUACUAGCAGUAUUGGAGCAGCCUCAAUGAAAGAGAAAGAAAUGGUAGCCAGUCUGUUUUGCAAACUAGCUUCUCUGAUACGCUACAAGUUUUCUGCGUUUGGUUCCGACACCCGCAUCGCUGUGCGAUGCUUACAAGUACUGGUUCGCGCUACCGACGCCAAAUCUCUCGUUAAGAAUUGUUACGAAUUCAUCCGCACAUCCAUGUUGAUGUUUUUCAACAAUGCUGCCGACGACUUGAGCCAGUGCUUGAGUAAUUUAUACGAGAUGAAGUACAAUUUGCUUCGAGGAACCCAUUUGAAGACUUCUUCCUCUCUCUGUUACGUUCAAAUGGUUCUUCUUCCGGUUUUGACCGCCUUAUUUGAUCACCUGUCCGUUUACGAGUUUGGCAGUGAUCUUCUAGUUGACGACAUACAGGUCGCGUGCUACAAAAUUUUAAACAACUUGUACACAUUUGGAACCGAUUCAUCUGUUUACAAGGACAGGAAAUUCAUUAAGAUUGAAAUCGAUCGUCAUCGACCGUCGAUUGGUAGCUGCUUGGGUGCCUUCGCUUCAACGUUUCCCGUUGCUUUCCUGGAACCCCAUCUGAAUAAUCACAACCCGUACUGCAUUCACGGAAAAUUACAAGAAUCCUCCCUUGAAGCUCAAGAUGUUAUGUCCAAAUUAGAGUCUAGUAUGCCGACGCUCGAGACUCUCCUUGCUCAAGUGGAGCAAUUUGUCGCUUCCGAGAAGAGUUACACAGACGCCCCUCAUGUGAUUGACGUCAUGUUACCUAUGCUGUGCUCUUAUUUACCAUUUUGGUGGGCUCAGGGUCCUGACAACCAAGACCCUGUUGGAGGAAAUCAUAUUACUAUGGUAACCAGUGAGCAUAUGAACCAGCUGCUGAAGAAUGUGCUCAACUUGAUCAAAGCCCAUGUUGGCUCCGAAUUGGCUCCUUGGAUGACCCGCAUCGCCGGAUUCACUCAACAAAUUAUCAUUAACACUUCAGAAGAGCUUCUCAAGGAUCCUUUCCUCCCUCUUGCUCUAAAGAUUCGUAAACGAACAGAGCAGAUGUUUCACAAAGAGGAGACUUUGCGUGGCUUCUUGAAAUCAACCACUGAAGACACGUCACAAGUUGAGGGACAAUUGCAAGGCGACUGGUAUCUCUUGGUCAGAGACAUUUAUGCCUUCUAUCCGCUGUUGAUCAAAUACGUCGAUCUGCAAAGAAACCACUGGUUACGUCAUGAUGUUCCUGAAGGAGAAGAGCUCUACGCUCAUGUCGCUGAGAUCUUUAACAUGUGGUCGAAUUCCCAGUAUUUUGGAAAGGAAGAGCAAAACUUUAUCUCCGCCAAUGAGAUUGACAACAUGACCCUGAUUAUGCCAACUUCAGCCAGCAGGAAAGCGACUGUUGUUACGGAUCAAACCCCGGCUGGAGCGUCGGGGAAAGUCAAAAAGAAGAAGUCACGUGAUCGCAAGCGUGAUAAAGACAAGGAAAUCGCAGCCUCUUUAAUGGUUGCUUGUCUGAAACGACUUUUACCUGUCGGAUUGAAUCUUUUCCCUGGCAGAGAGCAAGAACUUGUACAACACUGUAAAGACCGUUUCUUAAAAAAAGUCAUUGAGCGUGAAAUCAUCGACUUUGCUAAAACUCAGCUGACUCUUCCGGACAAGAUUGACCCCUCAGACGCCAUGUCGUGGCAACAUUAUUUAUAUUCUAAACUAGGUUCUAAAAAACCAAGCCCCGCCAUAGCCGGAGUGGCAGACUCAGCAAAGAAGAAUGCUAAUCACCAAGCUAUUUUAGACGAAUUGGUUGAAAGAAUUGUAGCCAUGGCCAAAGUUUUGUUUGGUUUGCAUAUGAUUGAUCACCCACAGCAGCAGCAAAAGGACGCCUGGCGUUCUGUGGUUUCCUCUCAAAGAAAGCGCGCCGUCAUUGCCUGUUUUCAACAAAAAUCACUACACUCUUUACCUAGACACAAAGCCAUCAACAUAUUCUUGCGAACCUAUCAAGAGCUUUGGCUUGCCGAUGAAAACGUUGGUCAAGAAGUCAUCAUCGAAGACUUGACCCAAUCGUUCGAAGAUGCCGAAUUGAAAAAGAAAGAAGUCGAAGAAGAAGAAGGUAAACCUGAUCCUCUUCUGCAACUAGUGACUACUUUUAAUCGAGGCGCUACUACCGAAAGAGCGGGAACGACUUUCGAAGACGAACUAUACAUGGCUUAUGCUGUUAUCAUGUCUAAGUCUUGUGGCGAAGAGGAAGAGGAAGACGAAGAAGGUGGAGAUGAAGAAGGAGGCGCCUCAAUUCACGAACAAGAGAUGGAAAAGCAGAAGUUGCUGUUCCACCAAUCUCGGCUCGCUUCCCGCGGUGUCUACGAAAUGGUCCUGCAAUUUAUUUCAGCCGCCAAGGGCGCCCAGUCGGACAUGGUGAUGAACACGCUAGAAUUGGGUAUUUCCAUUCUCCGCGGUGGUAAUGUCGAUAUCCAAAUGCAAAUGUUGAAUUACUUGAAAGAGAAAAAAGAUGCUGGAUUUUUCACCUCAAUCGCUGGGUUAAUGAAUUCCUGCAGUGUCUUGGACUUGGAUGCUUUUGAGCGCAAUACAAAAGCGGAAGGACUUGGUGUCGGUGCUGAAGGUGCAGCCGGAGAGAAAAACAUGCACGAUGCCGAAUUUACCUGUGUUCUAUUCCGAUUUAUUCAGCUGACUUGCGAAGGCCACAAUCUCGAAUGGCAAAACUAUUUGAGAACUCAAGCUGGUAAUACGACCACAGUGAACGUAGUCAUUUGCACUGUCGAUUAUCUGUUGCGCUUGCAGGAAUCUAUUAUGGAUUUCUACUGGCAUUACUCUAGCAAGGAAAUUAUUGAUCCCGCGGGCAAAGCCAAUUUCUUGAAAGCGAUUGGUGUUGCCAGUCAGGUUUUCAACACGUUAAGUGAAGUUAUUCAGGGCCCGUGUACGCUUAAUCAACAGGCAUUAGCUCAUUCAAGAUUGUGGGAUGCUGUUGGCGGUUUCCUCUUCCUGUUUGCUAACAUGCAAGACAAAUUGUCAAAGCACUCUAGCCAGCUUGACCUGCUUAAAGAGUUGCUCAAUCUUCAAAAAGACAUGGUUAUUAUGAUGCUCUCCAUGCUUGAAGGAAAUGUCGUAAACGGAACGAUCGGAAAGCAAAUGGUUGACACACUUGUAGAAUCUGCUUCUAACGUUGAGCUUAUCCUAAAAUAUUUUGACAUGUUCCUUAAGCUUAAGGACUUGACGGGCUCAGCGGCUUUCCAGGAAUCGGAAACCACCAAAGAUGGAUGGAUCACUCCGAAAGAAUUCAGAGAAAAGAUGGAAGCUUUUAAGAGCUACUCAGUGGAAGAGAUGGAUUUCAUGCUGUCUUGUUGCGAUACUAAUCACGAUGGAAAAAUUGACUACAUCGAAUUCACGGAGAGAUUCCACAAUCCGGCUAAGGAAAUCGGUUUUAACUUGGCGGUUCUUUUGACUAAUCUUUCAGAACACAUGCCAAGCGAUCCUCGACUGCAACGUUUCCUGGAAACAGCAGGUAGCGUUCUCAAUUAUUUCGAAUCGUUCUUAGGACGCAUCGAAAUUAUGGGCAGUAGCAAAACGAUGGAACGAGUUUAUUUCGAAAUUAACGAGUCGAACAUUGAGCAAUGGGAAAAACCGCAAAUUAAGGAGUCGAAGCGUGCCUUCUUCUACUCAAUUGUUACGGAGGGAGAUAAGGAAAAGUUGGAGGCCUUUGUCAACUUUUGCGAGGACGCCAUUUUUGAAAUGCAGCAUGCAAGCGGAUUGAUGGCCUCCGACGAAGAAGGAGGAAUAUCGCAAGCCCGCCAAGCUGCAUACAAACUGCCAACUGACGAAGAAGAACAGGGGCCAAUGGACAUAAUGCGCCAAAAGCUCAAGGGUUUCAAAGACACGCUUGUUUUUGGGCUAUCCAUGUUAUCUCCAUCCAACAUCCGAAAACAGAUUCGAGAACUCAAGCAGAAAACUUAUCCCGAACUCUUUGUCGGUUUCUUCAAGCUCUUCUUUUACAUGUUUUACUACACCGGCUAUUUUGGCGUCUACUUGAUCAAACAUUUCUUCCGCAUUUUACUCUCCUUGAUGCGCGGUCCCCAACCGGAGAAAGUGCCAGAGAAACCGGUCACUGAAGAGACAACAAUGCUCAUUCUUCGACCUCCUCCUCCUCCCGCUCCAGCUAUAUUACCAACCGAGCCGAAUGCAGAACCCGUUACUACAGUAGCAUUGGUGGGUUCGCCUACUGACCCUACGGCUCAAGCCGCUGACGGAUCUACCACAGUUCCUCCUGCCGGAUCAUCCGAUCCUACCCAACCGGAUGCCACUGGAGCCCAGUCUACUGGCGCAGAGCAAGCUUCGGCUGCUCCACCACCUGCAGCUUCGAGUCUGUUUGUUGGCACCCUAACAGAUCCAGCGGAAGAAGCCGCUAAGGCAGCUGCUGCUGCUGAAGUGCAAGCUCAACAGGAGGCUACCAUGGCGGCUCUUGAUGAAGCCAAGGCCACCUCAGUGUCGCACACGGCCGCAUCUCCAGUUGCACAGGUGAAUCUUGGAGAAUAUGUCAGAAAGGCCAUUUGUUUCCUCGCUCGUAACUUUUACACACUCAAGUACGUGGCCUUGGUUUUGGCUUUCUGCAUCAAUUUUGUCCUGCUUUUCUACAAGGCUUCGAACAUUAUUGACGGAAACGCUGAAGACGAAGCUGGCGGAGAAGUUGGUGGUUCGGCCGAGGCUGAAGGAAGUGGAGGAUUAGCUGACUUAGCAGAAAGUAUAGUUGAUGCGGUUGAAAAUGCAACGACAGAAAUCUUUAACGCUACUCAGAAUAUUGUGGAAACAAUUCUGGAGGGCGGUGAAGAGGCUGGUGAUGGUGACGGUGACGGCGAUGGAGAUGGCGAUGGCGAUGAAGAAGAUGCAGAGGAAUACAUUCAUGUCGAUGAAAGGUUCUCUUACCUCGCAAACGUCCUUCGCGGAAUGGCUGUGCUGCACUCGCUGAUAUCGCUCUUCAUGCUUAUUGCCUACUAUCACCUCAAAGUCCCGCUGGCCAUCUUCAAACGUGAAAAGGAGAUUGCACGUCGCUUGGAAUUUGACGGACUGUACAUUGCUGAACAACCAGAAGAGAAUGAUAUGCGGGCUUAUUGGGACAAAUUGGUCAUUUCGGCGAAAUCCUUCCCCGUUAAUUACUGGGAUAAGUUUGUAAAGAAGAAAGUCCGCCAAAAGUACAGUGAAACCUACGAUUUUGAUGCCAUCAGCAACCUUCUGGGCAUGGAGAAAAGUUCUCUAUCUCAGGAGGAGGAAGUGCCCUCCGGAUUCGUAAACUCGCUCUUGAGCGUGGACUGGCGCUACCAGGUGUGGAAAGCGGGGGUGACCAUUACGGACAACUCCUUCUUGUACUCGCUGUGGUACUUUAGCUUCUCAAUCUUGGGCAACUAUAAUUAUUUCUUCUUCGCCGCUCAUUUGCUGGAUGUGGCCGUCGCCAUUGCCUCGUUGAGAACCAUCUUGCAGUCCGUCACUCACAAUGGCAAGCAACUGUUGUUGACCGUUAUGCUGUUAACCAUUAUCGUCUACUUGUACACGGUCAUCGCCUUCAAUUUCUUCCGCAAGUUUUACGUGCAGGAGGAAGACGAUAACGUGGACAAGAAAUGUCACGACAUGUUGACCUGCUUCGUCUUCCACAUUUACAAAGGUGUCCGAGCUGGUGGUGGUAUCGGUGAUGAAAUUGAAUCGCCCGACGGCGACGAAUAUGAAGUGUAUCGCAUUAUGUUCGAUAUCACCUUCUUCUUCUUCAUUAUUGUUAUUUUGCUGGCCAUCAUCCAGGGUUUGAUUAUUGAUGCUUUCGGAGAAUUGCGUGACCAGUUGGCCAGCGUUUCUGAAAAUCUCGAGUCCGAGUGCUUCAUAUGCGGUAUAGGAAAGGAUUACUUUGAUUCUGUUCCACACGGGUUCGAUACGCACGUACAAAAGGAGCACAAUCUGGCAAAUUAUCUGUUCUUCUUGAUGCAUUUGAUCAACAAACCGGACACGGAGUACACGGGUCAAGAGACCUAUGUAUGGAACAUGUACCAGCAACGUUGUUGGGACUUCUUCCCAGUCGGAGACUGCUUCCGCAAACAAUACGAAGUGGAAUUGGGUGGAGGAGAGAGCGAGAAGAAAGGAUAAAAACACUACCCCGAUUUCUUUCCCCCUUUUUGCCCCCCUUCUGGAUGAUUAAUGAACACGACUUGUGUAUUAUUUACCACCCUGCUUUGGUGUUCCUGUUUUUGGAAGAGUCAAGAGAGAUUGUCGGGAGCAGCAGUCACCACGCUAGUUUAAGGUGUUGAAGUUCCUUUUCUAAUAAUGCAGUAUCAUGAUACUUUUACUUUUUAUUUAUUCAUUUUCGGGGGAGUUGUGUAAGGGAAGGCUGAUGGAUCUUUGGUUGAGUUUUAUUUUGACGAGUUUUGCUGUGUAGUCCCUAUCUGAAUUUCACACUCACAAACAUUUAAAAAAUUGGCUUUUCCCUCUUUUUUCCAAAGGAACAUGACCCUCCGCCCCACCACGGUCUUUUGUCACUUGCAAAAAUACAUCCUCUCUCUCUCUCUUCUGAUAAA